GCAAAGGUUGGGAAGGAAAUUUUCCAAAUUACCGCAAACAGAAAUAAACUUGUCCUUGAAAUAAAUUACACCCCAGCUCUCAGACAAUGCAGUGAAUAGUUCCGUGCUAGCAAAGGAGGAGUGGUGAGGAGUGGGCGUGGACUACGUCGACCCAGCCCAGGGAGAGGGCGGGAUGCUACGCUGCUACUGGGAGCAAACCCCACCUCCCGGUCCAACUGUUGGGCGGGGAAGCCUUUCCAGGAAACGAAAGCGAACUCUGGGGAGCCAUCUUAACGCCCCAGGUGCGGGCCUUGUCGGCACUAUGUCUCAGGGGUUCAGGGGACCCGCAGGAGUGUUUCCUCACCAGACACAGCCCUGCUUGGACCCCAGCUAUGAGCAUAGCAAGUGGAGAUGUCCACAGCCACACAGGCCCGAAUUUCACCCUAGGAGCUUCCAGCUCCAGCAGAUAGACUUUCUCAAAGGGCGGCUCCCAGAAGCAUCCCUGAUUGGUCAGCAGAGCCAGUCACUGCCACCAUAUCUCCCAGGACACUGGCCAAGGUUGCCAGGACCGCCUGCCCAAGGCAAGCAACUGGAAAUCUGGGGUUUCCCCAGGAGUGUGACCCUCAGAAGUCAGGGGUUCCAUAUAGGAUCCCCAGUUCCUUCCCCACACAGUGGGCCUCUGCCAUGGAGAGGUGCUGACAGGCUUUGCUCACACUUCCGGGAGCUGAGCAUUAGUCAGAAUCCAGAGCAAAAAGUCCUAAGCCGCCUGGAGGAGCUUGGUGAGGGGAAGGCCACCACUGCCCAGGUACUAGCCAGAGAGCUCAGGGUCCCAAAGAAGGACAUCAAUCGAAUAUUGUAUUCUCUGGAAAGAAAGGGGAAGCUGCAUAGAGGAGUGGGGAAACCUCCUUUGUGGAGCCUUGUGCCCUUGCAUCAGACUUGGACUCAGCCCUCUAGAGCUGAGAAUUCAGACACUUGUAGCCAAGAAGUCCCUCGAGGAGAAGAACCUGGUCUGGACAGUGAGUACAGAGACCCUGCCUCUGACUUAGAAGGACCUUCUGAGCCUUUUGAUAUGGCUGAGAUCAAGGAGAAAAUCUGCGACUACCUGUUCAAUGUGUCAAACUCCUCUGCCCUGAACCUGGCUAAGAACAUUGGCCUUGCCAAGGCCCGAGAUGUGCAUGCAGUCCUGAUUGACUUGGAAAGGCAAGGUGAUGUCUACAGGCAAGGAGCCACGCCCCCCAUCUGGUACUUAACAGACAAGAAGCGUGAGAGGCUGCAGAUCAAGAGGAACACACAGAGUGUCCCUGCAGCUGUCCCAGCUGCUGUCCCAGAGGGCACUAGAAGCACCUCAUUCCCCAUGUGCCACUCACCCCCAUCAGGUGCCUCAAGUGGCAUGGCAACCCUCAGAAGAGUGGAGAAUGGGCAGGAGCCUGUAGUAAAGUAUGAAAGUAGGCAUGAGGCUAGACCAGGACCAGUGAGCCUGAGGCCACAUGCUUAUCACAAUGGCCCCUGUAGAACAGGGUAUGUUGACUCUGAGAAUGGCCAAUGGGCCACAGAUGACAUCCCAGAUAACUUGAAUAGUAUCCGUACAGCACCAGGUGAGCUUCGAGCCAUCAUGGAGAUGCCCUCUUUCUACAGCCCUGCCUUGCCACGGUGUUCACCCUACAAGAAGCUAACUGAGUGCCAGCUGAAGAACCCUGUCAGCGGGCUGUUAGAGUAUGCUCAGUUCACUAGUCAGACCUGUGAUUUCAACCUGAUAGAGCAGAGUGGACCGUCCCAUGAACCUCGAUUUAAAUUCCAGGUUGUCAUCAAUGGUCGAGAGUUUCCCGCAGCUGAAGCUGGCAGCAAGAAAGUGGCCAAGCAGGAUGCAGCAAUGAAAGCCAUGGCAAUUCUGCUUCGGGAAGCCAAGGCCAAAGACAGUGGACAACCAGAAGAAUUGUCGGAGUAUCCCAUGGAAGAAGACUCAGAGAAGUCAGCAGAGUUCCAGCCCCCCAGCUCCGCAGCAACAUCCUUAUUCUCUGGGAAGAGCCCAGUUACCACACUGCUUGAGUGUAUGCACAAACUGGGGAACUCCUGUGAAUUUCGUCUCCUGUCCAAAGAAGGCCCUGCCCAUGACCCCAAGUUCCAGUACUGUGUGGCAGUAGGAGCGCAGACUUUCCCCACAGUGAGUGCCCCCAGCAAGAAAGUGGCCAAGCAGAUGGCUGCAGAGGAAGCCAUGAAGGCUCUGCAGGAGGAGGCAGCCAGCUCAGCGGAUGACCAGUCUGGAGGUGCAAACACCGACUCAGCCGAUGACUCUGUGGUUCCCAGCAAGAUCAGGAGGAUUGGUGAGCUCGUCAGGUACCUGAACACCAACCCUGUAGGCGGCUUGUUAGAGUACGCCCGCUCCCACGGCUUUGCUGCGGAAUUCAAGCUGAUUGACCAGUCUGGACCUCCUCACGAACCCAACUUCCUCUCACCGGCAGCACCUUCCAUGACCAGAUGGCUAUGCUGAGCCAUAGGUGCUUUAAUGCCCUUACUAACAGUUUCCAACCCUCGCUGCUCGGCCGCAAGAUCCUGGCUGCCAUUAUUAUGAAGAGAGAUGCUGAGGACAUGGGUGUGGUCGUCAGUUUGGGGACAGGGAAUCGCUGUGUGAAAGGGGACUCUCUCAGCCUGAAGGGAGAGACAGUCAAUGACUGCCAUGCAGAAAUCAUCUCCCGGAGAGGCUUCAUCAGGUUUCUCUACAGUGAGCUGAUGAAGUACAGCCAGCACACUGCCAAGAACAGCAUAUUUGAGCUUGCCAGGGGAGGAGAAAAGCUCCAGAUCAAAAAGACGAUUUCUUUUCACCUCUAUAUCAGCACGGCCCCAUGUGGAGAUGGAGCCCUCUUUGACAAAUCCUGCAGUGACCGUGCUGUGGAAAGCACAGACUCGCGCCACUACCCUGUCUUUGAGAAUCCCAAGCAAGGCAAGCUUCGCACCAAGGUGGAGAACGGGGAAGGCACAAUUCCUGUGGAGUCAAGUGACAUUGUACCCACAUGGGAUGGCAUCCGGCUCGGGGAAAGACUCCGUACCAUGUCCUGUAGUGACAAAAUUCUACGCUGGAAUGUGCUGGGCCUGCAAGGGGCACUGUUGACUCACUUCCUGCAGCCGGUGUACCUGAAAUCUGUAACGUUAGGUUACCUUUUCAGCCAAGGGCAUCUGACUCGUGCUAUCUGCUGCCGAGUGACCAGAGAUGGGAAGGCAUUCGAGGAUGGACUACGCUAUCCCUUUAUUGUCAAUCACCCCAAGGUUGGCCGAGUCAGUGUGUAUGACUCCAAAAGGCAAUCCGGAAAGACCAAGGAGACAAGUGUCAACUGGUGCUUGGCUGAUGGCUGCAACCUCGAGAUCCUGGAUGGCACCAGAGGCACUGUGGAUGGGCCGGGUAAGGAGUUGUCUCGGGUGUCCAAGAAGAACAUUUUCCUUCAGUUUAAGAAGCUCUGCUCCUUCCGUGCCCGAAAAGAUUUACUUCAGCUCUCCUACGGUGAGGCCAAGAAAGCUGCUCGAGACUAUGAGUUAGCCAAGAACUACUUCAAGAAGAGCCUGAGGGACAUGGGCUAUGGGAACUGGAUCAGCAAGCCCCAGGAGGAGAAGAACUUCUAUCUUUGUCCAGUACCCAAUGACUGACAGUGGAGUGUGUUUCCAUGGGCUCAGAGAGAGGGCAUGCAUUCCUCAUCAUGUUGGGCCGGAGUUUAGGGGCUUUUUUUUAACCCCACCCAACCCCCUUUUUUUAACGGAGGAACCUUAAUAGAUGGUACCAAGAACUUUGGUUCCCAUUUAUCCUGCUUGCUUUGGAAUUUGGAGGUGGGGUCUGGCCAAGCCCCCUCCUCUUUUCCCAAGGGAAGAGGCAGAGGUUAAAGGAAGAGGAAACACUACCAUUCCACAUGUAGCAUAGACGUGGUCACGUGGAACCCAGGCCCCUCCGGUUUAAGUUUUGUGGAGGAUUCUUUUCAUCUCCUUUUCCUUUGCUAUCCAGGCUUCUUGUGGAUUUCAUUACAUUCCCAUCAGUUCUCUGUAAAUCAUGUCAGGGACUAAUGAUGUCACCUGUAGAUGUUCAGUCCCCUGCUCUGCCCCCCGCCUUCCCGUGAUGAGACUUAUCUUUACCCACCCCAGAGGGUAGAGGUGAACAUAAAGGAUUGAUGAAAUGUUUACAAGGACAGGAGUUGAAACUGGUCAGGGAUUGUAGGGCAACGGGAAUGUGGUAAAUUGUGGGUGGGUAACAGUAACAGGCAGCGCUGGCCAGCCAAGAAACUUUCCUUCCUGGAAGUUGAGAACCAGCCAGUGGGACUGGGGAGGGUGUCCAAGCCGAGCAGGUCCCCCAGUGGGGACUACAGAGCACAACCAGGGGCCACCAACACUCCUUGGCAUGUAGCCACACUCCACAUCUGCCCCUCCAUAAAGCAUUCCCAGAGGCUGCUCUAUCAACACGGCACAGGCCCCAGCUGUUCGUGAAAAGCCAAGGACAAGUCCUGGAGGGCAGAUCAUCGUAGUCCAGACUGAGCAAGAGUGAAUGCAAGUGUGUUGGUGACACUUUGAUCACUUGGGAUUCUUCUGGCACUGAUGCCAGCAGAAGUUGACAAAGCCUUGUAUAAAAUUAAUGUUUCUAAGAAGCCAGAACUGCAUCACAGACUUGAAAUGCAAAUCUAUUUUUUCAUGAAUGAAUGUACUUUGAUUUUAGCAGAUAGUUUCAGGAGCUGGUUCGUGGGCAGGGCACAAGGUACUGGCAUCUCCUGCCCUGCCUCUUUGGAAAUCUUACUGUAUGUACAACAGUGUUGUCGGUGAUCGUGCAGGCUAGCCUCUGACAACUCUCCUCCCAACAUUGGCUUAUGGAUAUGCGGGAAACUUAGCCUCUGUGGAGUCUAGCUCCAGCAGGAAGUCAACCAGACAGCUAGACCCUGCUCCAUUCUGCCCCUCUGAAUGGUGCAGCUCCAUCUGGGAAUAGCUGUGACAGUGUAUUCAGUGGCUUCCUGCAAUUGCUUGGCAUCCCCGCCCCCUGGCCCACUGUCAACAGCAGACAUCACAUUUGCACUUUGAUUUCUAAAGGCUACUGUCUCCUCAACCUCUGAGCAGACCUGGCCAACACAAGAACCUGUGUCUUAACAAUACACUGGUGAUAUCUUUGCACGACACCAAAUCAUCCAGUGGAACUGCUAAUGUCUGCGGAAGUGAGGGUCUGCCUCCAGAUUUUGAAAGUGGCACUAUGUUUCUGUCGGCUGAAGACACGUUCUGACUUGGCACCCACAGCUGAAGCAGAGCCACUGUGGCUUCCAGGCCUGGGCAGGAAGCUCUUACCCUGGGCACUGAAGGCCAGAGUCUCUUCUCCAUUGAUUCCUGUGGCGCCUGGGUAUUCACUUGGCAGUGCUGACUCAGCAGCCAUUUCCUCAGCAGGCACACUGGGUUCUCCAGAUCAGAGCACACACACCCCAUCCUGGGAGAUCCUGCCUAGCAAACUUGGUUCUGGGCUUCUGCAGAUGGAGGGGAGCAAGGCAUCCCUCUGUUCUGUGGGCUUGCUGAGGUGAGCCACCAGGAUGCCCACCCCUGCCCCAGGCCCCAUUGGGCAGAGGGCAGAGCUUCCACUUUGUUUUCUUCACUUAUUUGUGUGAUCUUUAUUUUAAGAAGCAGGCCUCCUUCCAUACCAUUUCUUAAUUUCUGUAGUUGAUUGUCUGAACUGUGGCUGUUUUGCAUUCUUUGAAUAAUCAACAUAUAAGAAUUGUCAGUGCUUAAAACUUUCCUGUACUCAAGUUGAAGGGACUCGGUUGACCUUGUGGUUUUAGCAGCGACUCCAAGAUCAGAGUGGGAAAGAGCCCAGGCAGAGCCUUGGUGCUGAGAUGGGUGCAGGCCCUUCUGUGUCCCUUAACAAGUGACAGCAUACAUUCCCCAGAAAUAAAAACAAUGACAUGUCA